AUGGCGGAUGAACUACGCUCUACGUUUGUGGUCCAGAAGGUCCAUGGGCAGUCCGUGCUAUUGAGCAGAAUCUCUUCCUAUUCUGCCAUGAACAACCCUGUAUUCAACAAUGCCUAUUCUGCUUACAAUGCGCCCCGGAGGUCAUAUCAUGGGAUGAAUGCAACUGUUGGACUCUCGUCUGUCAUGGCACCAUCCCCUGUCUUCGCUUCUGCCCCAAAAGAGAAAGGCUUUUCUGGAUUUAUGAUCGACUUUAUGAUGGGUGGAGUUUCUGCUGCUGUCUCCAAGACAGCUGCUGCUCCGAUUGAGCGUGUCAAGCUUUUGAUUCAGAACCAAGAUGAAAUGCUUAAGACUGGCAGGCUUUCUGAACCCUACAAGGGUAUUGGGGACUGCUUUGGCCGGACAAUCAGAGAUGAGGGUUUUGUCUCACUGUGGAGAGGGAACACAGCUAAUGUCAUCCGUUACUUCCCCACACAGGCAUUGAACUUUGCGUUCAAGGAUCACUUCAAGCGCAUGUUCAACUUUAAGAAGGACAAGGAUGGGUACUGGAAGUGGUUUGCUGGAAAUCUGGCUUCUGGAGGAGCUGCUGGUGCUUGCUCUCUAUUCUUUGUGUAUUCUCUGGAUUAUGCUCGUACACGUUUGGCCAAUGAUGCCAAGGCUGCAAAGAAGGGUGGUGAGAGGCAGUUCAAUGGACUUGUUGAUGUUUACCGCAAGACCCUUGCCAGUGAUGGUAUUCGUGGCCUCUACCGUGGAUUCAAUAUCUCUUGUGUGGGGAUCAUUGUGUACCGAGGUCUUUACUUCGGUAUGUAUGACUCCCUGAAGCCAGUGCUCCUUGUUGGUACCCUGCAGGACAACUUCUUAGCCAGCUUCUUGCUCGGCUGGGGUAUAACCAUUGGUGCUGGCCUUGCCUCGUACCCCAUUGAUACUGUUCGCCGUCGCAUGAUGAUGACAUCUGGUGAGGCCGUCAAGUACAACAGCUCCUUGGAUGCUUUCAAGCAGAUUGUCGCAAAGGAGGGUACCAAGUCCCUUUUCAAGGGUGCUGGCGCAAACAUCCUCCGUGCUGUCGCUGGUGCUGGUGUCCUUGCUGGGUACGACAAGCUCCAGGUGAUUGCCUUCGGCAAGAAGUACGGGUCUGGUGGGGGCUAA